AAGGCAAAGAAAACCUUUAUUCUUCACAAAACCCUAUCUCUCCAUCUUCAACAGCGACCUUCCCCAAUUUAUUUCCAAUUCUUCUUUCAAUUCAUUCACUAUGAGAAUGAGGCGGAAUCACGCUGCCAUGAUUUUGGGAAGAAUUAUCUCCAAUUCUUCUUUCAAUUCAUCCACUCUCCCCAUUGCUUCUCUACACUCGUUUCUUCUCAAACCCAGAUUCAAUUUUGAUAAUCUCACCCACCAAAUUAGAUCCUUCUCCUCCUAUCCCAGAUUCGAUUUUGGAUCUAUACGUGAGCCCAAUGAUGCCGUCGCUCUAUUUCGGGAUAUGAUGAGAACGGAGCCGCUUCCUUCUGUUAAGCUUUUCUCAAGAUUGCUGAGUGCUGUGGUCAAGCUGAAACAAUACUCUGCUGCACUUCAUCUGUUCGACGAAAUGCUUCAAAGGGAUGCUCCUGUAAAUCACUACACGUUGAGUAUUGCAAUUGAUUGCUAUUGCCGACUGAAAAGACCUGAUUUUGGGUUUGCGAUCUUAGGCAUUUUUUUCAAGCGUGGGUACGAGCCUACUGUUGUAACCUUCAACAUUCUCGUGAAGGGCCUUCUGUUUGUUGGAAGGAUCCCAGAGGCAGCUAAAUUGUUGGGGAAGCUGUCGGCCUACCAACUGUGCGAGCCCGAUGAGUAUACGUAUAAUACUAUAAUUCAUGGGUUAUGCAAAGCUGGAGAUAUUCUACAGGCGAUUAAUUUGCUCUGCUCAUUGGAAAAAGGAAAAGGGAACUGCAAACCCGAUGCCUAUUCUUACAGCAUAGUCAUUGAUGGUCUAUGCAAGAACGGAAAGGUGGACGAAGCUCUCCAACUCUUCUCCACUUUGGGUGAUAAGGAGAUUUCGCCAGAUGUCGUGACAUAUAGUUCAAUAAUUGAGGGGUUAUGCAAGAUGAGAAGAGUGGACGAGGCCGAGCAUAUAUUGGUAAAAAUGAAGGAGAUUGAUGUUCAACCCAACAUUGUCACUUAUACUGCAUUGAUCAAUGGGUAUUGUUUACAAGGAAAAAUGGAGGAAGCCGGACGCAUUUUCCGAUUGGCAGUGAACUCUGGAAUCAAGCCCGAUAUCAUAAGCUACAUUAGCCUGAUGAAUGGGUAUUGUAAAAUCGGCCGAGUCGAUGAAGUUUCACGUCUUUUUACCAAAAUUGGCACUGAAGGGUUAGAGCGCAAUGUUGUUUGUUAUUCCAUAAUGCUAGAGGCGCUAUUUCGUGAAGGAAGAUGCGAGGACGGCUUGAAUUUGUUCGAAGAGAUGCAAUCUCUAGGAUUGUCUCUUGAUGUAAUGACUUACAAUAUCUUGUUGGAUGGUCUGUGCAGUGCUCAUCAUAUCACUGAAGCAUUUUCCAUAUUGCACGCUAUGGAAGGUAAAGGCAUCGUUCCAGACAUAGUAACAUCCAAUAUUCUCAUUGAGGGAUUGUGCAACGACAACAAAGUCAGAGAAGCAAAAGAUCUGUUCGACAAGCUUCCAUCCAAAGGUUUGCAGCCUGACAUCAUAACUUAUACAAUCCUUAUCGGUGCACUUUGCAAAGAAGGGCAGAUAGAGGAGGCUAAAGAUCUGUUCCAUGAGUUUCCAUCCAAAGGUUUGCAGCCUGACAUCAUAACAUAUAGUAUCCUCAUUGGUGCACUUUGCAAAGAAGGGCAGAUAGAGGAGGCUAAAGAUCUGUUCCAUGAGCUCCCAUCCAAAGGUUUGCAGCCUGACGUCAUAACUUGUACAAUCCUUAUCGAUGCACUUUGUGAGGAAGGGCAGAUAGAGGAGGCUAAGGAUUUGAUGACACAAAUGGUAAACAACGGUUGCUUGCCUGAUAGUGUAACAUACAAUGUUUUUGUUCAAGGUCUUCUCAAAUCGAACAAGGCGCAAGAUGCAAUUCUGUUGUUGGAAGAGAUGGUUUCAAGGGGAUUCACACUUGGUGUCAACACUAUUUCGAUGCUGAGUGAACAUGUGAAAAGGGAAGGUAAAGAUAGUGUUCUUUUUAAUAAGGUUAAGACAUUUAUACCAAAAGACAUAUUUGAUUGAUAGAACUCCAAUUUGUCUAGUUACUUGACAAGCUUGUUUGUACCAAACAUUUCAACUUAAUGAGAGUUGAACUUGAGUAA